UCUUCCUACGUUUUUAUUUUGUCUUCCAUCCAAAGCCGCAAGCCGGGCGUUUCAUACCACCUCACGACCCUCACACAUUCUUUGCUUCUCUUCAACGCAGGUCAUGAUAGCUGGACUUUCAAAAGCCGUCACUCUAUACCUCGCCCCCAUUCUUGCACUUACGGCGACGAUUCUUACUCUUUUUGCGUACCUAGCGCCGUCCCUCUUGCUCCACGACCAAGUCGCCCUGCUUAUUGUAACACCGUCUACUUCACUGCUUCAAACUGGCUCUUCACAAAGCGUGGAUGGCCCAAGUGUUUUCUUGGGGGUAUUAGGUUCGUGUUCACGCUCAAAAAACAGUGCACCAGUGAAUUGCACGGCGCCAACCCUAUCUCCGCAGUAUGACCUCUCCGUGCUUCCUGCGAACUCUCCGAACCUUCUGCUCUCGGCACCCACGGCAGCUACACCUGCGUUCAUUGCUGUCGCGAUCUCCUUCUCAGCGUUGUUCCUCUUCACGUUCACUUUAAUCUCCUUCCGCAAUAAACUGGGGUCCAAAAUUUCGACUAUAUUGGAGAAACCCAUACUGCAACGUUUAUCGGCAUGGAUUGGAUUCUUCGGGUUCAUCAUUGGACUCACUUCUUUCCUCAUCCUCCGAAUGUGGUUCGGAAAAGCUGUCCAGGAUUUCAACGCCAGCAUUACGAGUCAAGGUCAACAAGGACCUAAACUCGUUGCCAACACUGGUAACGCCUUCACGAUGGUUUGGGUGGCAUACGCGUUUUUAGCGGUGCCCAUUAUUGCUUCGCUAUCCAAGUUGAAUGUAAUGGCGUCGAAGAAAUGAGUGAUACAUAAUUGCACUGUAUGUUAGGCUAUGUUAGGAGUCGUACAUAAUUAAUUCUGGGUGGAUGUGUACGGGCCGCUGUAAGCCGCCGACCCGCCCACGGCAAUCGGGCCGACGCUGCC